UUUUUUUUUCUUUCUUUCUUUUCUUACUCAAGCAAAAUUUUCAUCACUCGCCUCCAUCACCUUUUCCCCCACAUCUUCCCCUAGUAAAAGCAACCCAUAUUAUACGCUUACUGUGUGUCAUUAUUAUUAUUAUUUUAUUCACCUAUCUCUCAGUGACAUAGACACGUAUUAUACACUCCGAUAGUUCCACUUAUCCCUUUUCAGACUCAAGAUGAUACCUGAAAUCACUGCGAUUGAGCCAGAAACACAUGCCUUCUCAGUCCUCAAGUCGGACUCAAGUCAACUCGAUAUUCAGUCCAUACAACCCGACAAUAGCAAACACAUACAAUCCCCAGUCGACACAGACACCGUGAGAAAACAAUACGAGAACAUGAGCUACGACGAAAUGUCCCAGCGCAUGGCUGAGAGUUACAAAGAACUUAGCGAAAUGCUUGGUAAUCGUUGGUCAAACCCCUUGUCCGACAUAACUGAUACCCCAAGUGUAACCGACGAUGGUGAAGACGAACUCGAAGAAAAAGAAUUCACAGAAGCAGACAAGAAGACAAAGGCCACAAAGGACUUUUCCCGCACUGUGUCCAGCGGCGAUCUCACAAAAGUACUCGCCCUCUUACAGGACGAAAACACAAGAAGCCUCAUAGACAUCGACGCCCGCGACAAGGACGGCACCACUCCUCUGAUCUAUGCUGCCUGUUUUGGAAAGACAGAGAUCGCCCAAGCAUUAUUGACAGCAGGAGCAAAAGUCGAUAUCCAAGACUCCAUCGGAUGGUCUGCACUGAUGUGGGCUACAACCAACAGUCACGAAGCCCUCGUUAAAGUUCUGCUAGCCCAUGGCGCUUCCUCCCAACAAAAGACAGCCAAAGGUCGCACUGCGUUUGAUUUCGUGAACACAGAAAACCACAAGAUUGCCGAUAUUCUCAACACAAACCCCCGCGACAGCAUGUCCUCCACAUCCAGUGCCAUGGGUCGUACAGUCUACAGCUCAUCCUCUGCUUCCUCAAAUGCCGGCGACAACGACUUUUACUACUAUUCUACCGCCGAAGGUGUAGACAAUUUUCUGGCAGAAGAGUCCGAUCGUCGUCAGCAUCUGAUGGAGACUGCAAUGGCACUUGCAGGAGGUACAGGUGACGACGACGAUGAAGGCGACGACGGCGACGAAGACUAUAACUACGGCGAUAAUGACGACGACGACAACGGCGACGAUAUCUACAACACAUUCGACUGGGACAGUUGCAUGCCCCACCAGAUGUUUGUCUUUAAUGCCGACCAUCUCAACUACAUUCUCGACACCGUAAUCACCUGUAUCGAGGUUCCUCUCCAAUCUGACCAAACCUCAGGAGAACCGGCAUCAAGAGAAAAGCGCCAGGAAAUGUGUGUGCCGGCAAAUGUGGUAUUCCUCAGCGCCCGCUUUGCACACUACUACUCGAGUUCAGAACUGCUUCACAAUGUCCUUAGCGGAGCACUGGCCCGCAUGAGCAAAUACACAAAGGCAAGUUCUGCUCAUUCGUGCGACCUGUCUGUUUUAGCUUUCUGGAUCACAAAUUUCUCUCAGUUGCUGUAUUAUCUCAAGAAGGAUGCUGGUUUGGUUGCAGAAACUGCAGACUACCAGUUGGCCCUUUCGGAACUCAUCUCAGAGACCUACACUUUCAUCGUGAAUGCAUCAUGCCGUCGGAUGACCAAACUGCUAGAGUCAGCAAUGCUCGACUACGAAGAAAUUCCUGGAAUGGAAGACAUUGACUUUACAGACGACUGGCAUCGUUUUUUCAGACGAAACCCCCGUCGCUCAGCAAUCAUGCCUGAUAACGGAGCCAUGGCCAUGCGUCGUCACUCAAGUCUCCCCGCCAUCUCAAGCGCCCUUGAACAGACCUCGCCCCAGUCUGUCACAAAUAUCCUCUCAACCACAUUCCAGGUCCUGCAAUUCUAUGAAGUUCACCCCACAAUCAUCAUCCAGGUCCUCUGCCAGUUCUUACACUCCAUGUCGUGCGAACUGUUCAACCGCAUCCUCACCUCAAAAAAACGCCUGAGCAGAUCCAAGGCGCUGCAGGUCCGCAUGAAUCUCUCGCAUGUCGAAGAUUGGAUCAAUCACCAGAGAUUGCCUGCCAGUCUUAUGUCCUACCUCAACCCCAUUACCCAACUUCUCCAACUCCUGCAGUGCGUCUCCCAACUCGAUGAGCCAACCCUUUUUAUCGAGACUGUCACAAAGUUCGAUGCUCUCAACGCACUCCAGAUUAAGCGGUGUGUGAUGAACUACCGCUAUGAGGUGAACGAACCUCGUCUUCCAGAAAACAUCGAGCAUUAUGUGUGUCAGCUGGCUGAAGACACGGUUCGUUUCCGACAGGCUCGCCAAAAGGGCCCCGAUGGACGUCAACGAGGAUCGUCCAUGUCUCGAGCACAAAGCGUAUCGAUUCAACGCAAGAGAUCUCGGAGAGAAAGUGUGUCACAGUUUGUCGGAUCCCUCAUUUCUAGUGUCAACAUCACCGCCUCGGCUUCGUUGCCACCAUCAAUUCCCACAGAAACAGCAGCAGCAGCAACAGCAGCAGCAACAGCAACAGCAACAGCAUCGCCUUUGCCUGCUGCAAAAGAAGAAGCUAGUGACGAUGAAGAUAAACAAAUCAAGGAGACCAAAGACUCCCGUUUUAUGCUUCCCUUCUCUGUCCCAACCACAGCUCACAUGGUGCAUAUCAGCGGCUGGGCUCCAGAGGAUUCUCGACGAGAAAAGAUCGUCGUCCCAGUUAUCCCCGAAGAGUGGAUGAAUACCCUUGACAAAGGAGACCAAGAAAAUUAAAUCGACAAAAAGCUUUUAUCUAAAAUAUCCUUUCUAUAUCUCCCCCAUCCCAACAUAUCUUUAUUUGUCUUUAUAUUUUGGCUUUAAAUACCAAACAAGACCGGUCACAUUUCCCUCUCUUUCCCUCUCUCCCUUUCAACCCCUCAUUCCCGCCUUUUUUUUUCUUCUCUUUCUCUCUCUCAAUGUACAUUUCAUUCCUCUUUAUUAUUAUUUUUAUUAUUUUUAUUAUUAUUAUUUCGUAUACAUAUAAAACUCAAUGUUCUUUGAAU